AUGAAUCCAGCUUCGGAGAAGGGAAGCGAUCAUGAACAUUCUAAUCCGAAACACCUAGAAAUUGGUGCAAGUGGUGAUGCUGCCGACCUUACGGCUCUAGGCUACAAGCCUGAGCUUCAACGAAACAGGUCCAUGUUCACACUGCUGUUUCAAUCACUAGCAAUUGCUGCGAUUCCCUACGGUUUCGGCGCACCUCUCAUCAACUCAGUCUAUGGCGGUGGCCAAUUGUCCAUGUUCCUCGGCUGGAUCAUCGUAUGUCUCCUCGACGAAUGCAUCGCCAUCUCGCUGGGCGAACUCGCAGCCCGAUGGCCCACGUCCGCAGGUCCCUACUACUGGUCUUUCCAGAUCGCGUCACCAAGAUACAGAACUGUGCUCUCAUUCAUCACCGGAUGGACAUGGCUGGUCGGUAAUUGGACCAUCACGCUAUCCGUCAACUUCGGUUUCGCGUCUCUGCUAGCCGGGGGCGUGAGCAUCUUCCUCCCUGACUAUGUCUGGCAGCCCUGGAAGCUCGUCCUGAUAUUCUACGGACUCUGCGUCGUUACGUUCUUCAUUGUCGCGUACGGCAACAAGUUCCUCCCCACCGUGGAUACUUUCUGUGCGGCGUUCACAGCGAUUACCAUCUUCAUUGUCUGUGUCUGUCUAUCGAGCGAAGCGAAAGACGGGAGACACUCCGCAAGUUACACUCUUGGAAAUUUCGACCCAAAUCUGUCUGGCUGGGGAAACUUUGGUUUCUGGAUUGGAGCUCUGCCUUCGGCUUAUACAUUCUCAGCCAUUGGCAUGAUUACAUCAAUGGCCGAAGAAUGCGGCGACGUUACCGUCAAGCUCCCGAGAGCUCUUGCGCUUUGUGUGCCUGUUGGUUGCAUCGCAGGAUUGUUCUUUAUUAUCCCGAUUUGCGCAACACUUCCUCCGCUAGAAGAGCUCCUCGCAGCGCCGUUAGGCCAAGUCCUACCAGUGAUCUUUUACCGAGUCAUGGGAACGAAAGCGGGAGGUAUCGCCCUGACAGCUCUAGUUCUCAUCAUCACCCUGUUUUGCUCCAUCUCCAUCACAGUCGCAGCUUCAAGGACAACAUGGGCCUUCGCACGAGAUCGAGCCAUUCCACUAUCAAGAGUAUGGUCCAAAGUCGACAAGCGCCACGGCACGCCCAUCAUGGCUCUCCUCCUCACCACCAUCAUCGAAAUGCUGCUCGGUCUCAUCUACCUCGGUUCAAGCUCUGCAUUCAACGCGUUUAUCGCCGUCGGUGUCAUCGGUCUCGCCUCUUCCUACGGUAUUCCCAUUCUUCUGUCCCUACUUACAGGGCGUGCUGGUGUCAACACGGCGCCGUGGACUUUUGGAAAGCAUUUUGGCUGGGUCAUCAAUGUUAUCGCUUUGGCGUGGAUCUGCUUCGAGAUGAUUCUGUUCACUAUGCCGGUUGCGAUUCCCGUCAAUGCCGUCACGAUGAACUAUGCUGUUGUUGUGUUCUUUGGGUUCAUGGCGAUUUCGGCUGUUUGGUAUAUUGUCCAUGCUCGGCAUGUGUACAAGGGGCCUCCCGAAUCUGAUGGCUUGACGAAGUGA